GGUUAGAGGGCUUUAACUCCACCUUAUGGGUUAAAAUACAGAUGUGAAAAUGAGCCGUUAUAUGGGCCAACACAAGCAUGUCUCUUUGGACGUAGGCUUUUGGGUUAAAUCCUCGUGCACAAAGUUACACCUUACAUUCCAACAUGGCAACAGAAUUUUUAAUACUUCUUCUGGUGUAGUCAGUGAUUUUGUGACAAAAUCCAAAUUAAAUUUUGGUGGGUCCAGUUAAAAGAUUUGGAGUUUGAUUCUUGAUAAGAUUUUGGACAUAGAAGAUCAAAACUUGCUUCACUUCCAUAAUAUUAUAAAAGAUCAUCGUAUAAACACAACACAACGGUUAAUUUUUAUUGGAGCAAUGAGGAUAUGCACCAAGUCAUGAUCUAGUCCACCCAUGUAUUAUAAAACCCCUUUGAGUUAUAUUUAAUAUGAAUACACUGUCUAUUACUAUACUUUAAAGCUAAAGUAAGUGACAAAGUGUUGUCCUUUGGAAUUCUACAAUGGAUAAAUCUAGGACCACUUACUAAGAUCUCGAAUCAUACAAACUACCACUAAGAAACUCAAAAGUCAUGUGAAACUAAAAGAAAAUUAUGGUCACCUUCCAUCAUAGGGUUAUAUAAAUACAAGUCUUUGUUCCAUCAACAUAUCCAUCAACAAAACUUCAUCUUUUAUUCUUAAUUUUGUAAGAAAGAAAAAAUGGGUGUUAUGGGGAAGAAACUUAGUUCACUAAAAUGCGAAGUGAGAGUAAUAGAAGCAAGAAACGUGGAGAUCAAGUCACAAGCUAGUACUCUGUUCGUUAGAUUCUAUCUCUCUGCAGGACACAACAGAAAGAUAGAAGUAAACACAAGAGAGCUCUGUCAGAAAUCAGAAAAUCUCGUAUGGGAUCAAUCUUUUGGUCUAGAGUGUCAAGGCAACGAAGCAGCAGUCGAGGAGUUAAAGCAACAAAGAGUCAUUUUCGAGUUAAGGAGGAGGAAAACAGCUUCUUUUCUGAGGAAGUCAUCGAGAUCAGAGGUUGUAGGGAGAGGAGAGAUCUCAUGGGAAUCGGUUUUCGAGUCACGGGGCAUGGAGAUGGAGAGAUUUGUAGUGAUGAGUGAAUCGAAAACUCUGGUGUUUGGAGAUGAUAGCCCUGUCUUGCUGAAGAUAGGUUUAAAAGUCCAAGCUUUAGAGAUGGAGAAGAAGAUGUUGAUCAACAAGAAAGAGAAGCUUUGUGCAUGUUGUAGUAGUAGUAGAGACUGUAAAAGCUGUAGUUGCUUAGAUUACGAAGCUUUUGCUUUAGCUUGUGCUCUAGAUUGUAUUUAAGAAAACAGAUUUUGAUUCAAAUCAACAAACUCAAAUAGCAUUGAUA